AUGUCAAAUGCUGAACAUGUUGAAGAUAAAAUCAUAAUUGACAUGCCCAUGUCACCACAGGAAGACUUGGAGCGAACGCUCAGUGCACAUUCUCUGUCUGAUCCAUCGGUUGAAGUUCUGCGUGUUGAUCAGAUAAAAGAAAAUAUUCCACCUCAACCGCCCAUGGAAUGUGAAUCUCACUUUGAUAGUGAUGAGAACCAGCCUAUAUUAAGGCAGGGCAGCUCAUUCGACAGCUUGGAAAUGAACACAAGUCCUCCCAGAUUGUUUUCAAGCCCUAUCACCAACAGGAAAAGAAAGCAGUAUGUUGGAGACCUUGAUGUUAAUGAUUUUGCCACGCCGGAAAAAGCAGAGAAAUCGUUAAGUUUGCUUAAGUGCCACAUUUUUGGAUUGAGACGCCAUUUGAGAGUCUGGAGGCAAAAAUGUCGCAGAUACAAAGUAAAGAUCAAGAACUUGGAAGCACUGCUGCAACAUUACAACAUACAACAUCCUUGAGAAAGAGGAAGGGGUGAGGGCAAGUAUUACAUCCAUUUUACAAUUACAUUAUAAAUGUAAUCAAGCAAUAUGUUCAAUGGCAAAAUCACUCUUAGUAAUACUAAACUUAAGUUCAUGCUUAGGAGGCAAGUCUAAAUCACACCGGCAAAAUGCCUGUCUGUUCAGGAAUUCAAUGCAAGAAUAAAUCAGAAGAUGGAUUUGCUCUUUUCUUAACAAACAAGACUAGACGCUUGGUCUUGGCGAAGAUCCUCGGCUUGCCAGAAUCUACACUGCUGAAGUCCUUGCCGAGGCAGGGCAGUUCAUUGGACAGCUUGUCAAAGAAUACCAGCUGGUCCCAGUGUUUUCACCACCCAAGACCGCAGCAGAGCAAAAAGUACAGUGACUUUAAAGUAACAUAUUGUAACCCCACUAAUAAAGCUCAGAAAUCAUUGGACUUUGUAAAGAA